CUUCGCUGCUCAUCGACAAGAAAGAAAAACUCAGAUCUCUUCUGCUCUUUCCAGCUGAACCCUAUAUUUCCCCAAUCUCAAGAACCCUAAUUUCGCUAGAGGAGAAUCAAAAGGAUGGGAAAGAACGAUUUUCUAACCCCGAAGGCGAUGGCGAACCGGAUGAAGGCCAAGGGACUCCAGAAGCUCCGAUGGUACUGCCAGAUGUGUCAGAAACAGUGCCGCGACGAGAACGGCUUCAAGUGCCACUGCAUGAGCGAGUCUCACCAGCGCCAGAUGCAGGUCUUCGGCCAGAACCCCACGCGCGUCCUCGAGGGCUACUCCGAGGAGUUCGAGACGACGUUCCUCGACCUCAUGCGUCGGAGCCACCGUUUCUCCCGCGUCGCCGCCACGGUCGUUUACAACGAGUACAUCAACGACAGGCACCACGUGCACAUGAACUCGACGGAGUGGGCGACGUUGACGGAGUUUAUAAAGUACUUGGGGAAGGCUGGGAAGUGUAAGGUGGAGGAGACGCCUAAAGGGUGGUUCAUUACUUAUGUAGAUAGAGAUUCGGAGAGUUUGUUUAAGGAGAGGUUGAAGAACAAGAGGGUUAAGAGUGAUUUGGCUGAGGAGGAGAAGCAGGAGAGGGAGAUAAGGAGACAGAUUGAUAGAGCUGCUGAGAUGUUUCAUGAUGAUGAUGUUGAGAAGAGGAAAGAUGAAGACUUGGGGAUGAAGAGUGGUGUUAAGGUUGGGUUCUCUCUUGGCGGAGGGAUUAAAGCGAGAGGGGAAAGCUCGAGCUCGAAACAACAUGUGUUUGAGGAGGAUGAGGAGGAGGAGAGAGGGGAGAAGAGGAAACAAAGCGGAGGAGGAGACUCUGAGAGAAGAUCGUCGGCUUUGGGUGAGUUGAUGAAGGAGGAAGAGAAGAAGAAGGAGAGGAUGAAUAGGAAAGCUUACUGGCUGUUCCAAGGGAUCGUUGUGAAGGUGAUGAGUAAAGCUCUGGCGGAGAAAGGGUAUUAUAAGCAAAAAGGUGUUGUGAGGAAAGUGGUUGAUAACUUCGUUGGGGAGAUUGAAAUGAUUGAUUCUAAGCAUGUGCUACGAGUUGAUCAGGAGGAGCUCGAGACCGUGCUUCCACAGAUUGGAGGGUUAGUGAAGAUUGUGAAUGGGGCGUAUCGUGGUUCAAAUGCCAAGUUGUUGGGUGUGGAUACAGACAGGUUUUGUGCUAAAGUGCAGAUCGAGAAAGGCGUCUAUGAAGGGUUCAUCUCAGAGGUUGAAGCAUUUUUGUUCAUUAUGGAUCAUCUCUUUGAGUGAUGACCAAGGUACUGCAGAUGAUUCUGUUUCAGACAUGUUCUUGCCUAGAUGGUCUUGGUUUUUAAUUGGUUUACUCAAUAGCAACCAUUUGUACAGUACGUCAAUAUCUACUUAUGCGAUGUAGUUUUUUUCAUAUGGAUUUAACAUCACCAUGUAGAUCAAACGUCUACAUGAAACUUUAAUCUGUCUGGAACUUGAGCAGCAUCUUGUCUUUGACGCAGUUCUUUUACAUGUAUAACAAUAAGACAUUGUGUGUGUA